GUGAGAAGCGCAGUCCUCGCCGCAGAAGCUGCAGCGCAGAAGGCAGGCCUCCCCGCAGACAAGGAGGCCACAGCCGCAGCCAAGGCAGCGCUGGCGGCAGCCAAGGUAACAGGCCUGCCAGUCGAGGAGCAAGCAGCACUGGCUGGCCGUGUCGUUGCGUCGGUGCGGGAGAGUCUACAGAAGGCUCUUGCUGCGAAGAUCAAGGAGAUCCACCGCAAGGUUUUGGCAGCCAAGGUUACGCCAGCACCCAGCGCAAAGAUGUCGGAUGCCGAAGCUGUUGCCGCCGCUGUGGCAGCGGCCCGGAGUGCCAUGGAUGCCGCGCAG